GAUCAUGUGGAACUUGAACCCAGAAGUGCUAGUUACUUGGACCUCGCUGCUGCUUUCCUGGUAAAAUGAUGAUCUUCCUUGUUUCUACUCCUCGCAUAUAAAAUGUUUCCCUGAGUCUGAAGAAAACCAUGGAGAUCCAGAAGAGACUAAGAACGUGUUGGGAAGGAUUCCUGGCUUGCUUUAAGAAACCAAGACGUCCUGAUGAAGAAACCCAGCGUAGAGCGACUCAACAGUCCCACUCAGUGACUGUCCACCCGCCUGCCAGCACCGACCCCCCGUGGACGGUACCAAGACGCGACACAAUCGACACAAACGGGAAUCUAUACAUCGCCCUGUACGACUAUUCUGCCCGAACGGAUGAGGACCUGAGCUUCAAUGCCGGGGACACGCUCGAGGUGCUGGACCAGAGAGCGGCGGAUUGGUGGUUCGCCCGUGCCAUAACCGGAAUCUCAGAAUCCAAACAGGGCUACAUCCCCGCAAACUACGUGGCCCCGGUGGAGAGCAUCGAUGCCGAACCCUGGUAUUUUCCUGAUACUAAGAGGCUGGAUGCAGAGAAGAUGCUCCUCGCAGAAGGAAAUCAGCAUGGAGCUUUUCUCAUCAGGAACUGUGAAAGCCAGCGAGGAGAGCUCUCACUCUCAGUGCUUGACAGUGGGAGAGUGAAACAUUACAAACUGAGGAAAACAGAAAACGGUGCCUACUACGUGUCAAAAACAAGGCCCUUUGACACUCUGAAGCAGUUGGUGCAAUACUACUCCAGGCAGGCUGAUGGACUGUGUGUAUGUCUGGGUGAACCCUGCAAGAAGAUGGAAGCUCCACAGACUCACGGUCUGUCUUACAACACAGUGGACCAGUGGGAAAUUGAUCGCAAGUCCAUCAAAUUGCUUCGGAAGUUGGGUGCUGGUCAGUUUGGAGAAGUAUUCGAAGGGUUAUGGAAUGAGACCACUGCAGUUGCUGUGAAGACUCUCAAACCAGGCACUAUGGACCCACAAGACUUUCUUAGAGAGGCCCAGAUAAUGAAGAGGCUACGUCACGCCAAACUCAUACAGCUUUACGCGGUGUGCACCAUGGAGGAGCCCAUCUACAUCAUUACAGAGUUGAUGAAGAACGGCAGCCUCCUGGAGUACCUGCAGAAAGACAAUGGCAGCACUCUCCGGAUCUCAGACCAAAUUGAGAUGGCUUCUCAGGUGGCUUCUGGCAUGGCUUUCCUGGAGCUUCAAAACUACAUCCACAGAGACCUGGCUGCCAGGAAUGUUCUGGUGGGCGAGAACAACAUUUGCAAGGUGGCAGACUUUGGUCUAGCCAGGGUCUUCAUGAAAGAGAAUGAGAAUGUCUACGAGGCCAGAGAGGGCACCAAGUUCCCAGUAAAGUGGACCGCUCCUGAGGCCAUCCACAACAACAAGUUCACCAUAAAGUCUGAUGUGUGGUCUUUUGGAAUCCUGCUGUAUGAGAUCAUGACUUUCGGCCAGAUGCCAUAUCCAACCAUGACAAACUACCAGGUGGUACAGAAGGUCCCACAGGGGUAUAGGAUGCCAUGCCCACCUCAGUGCCCCAAAGUUAUGUAUGACAUCAUGAUCGAUUGUUGGAAGCAGAAUGAGCAGGACCGUCCCACGUUUGAAACUCUACAGUGGAAGCUGGAGGACUACUUUGAUCUGGAUGUCACAUCUUAUGACGAUGCUUUCCGAUAUUAGCAGGAUCAAUUAGGCUGGAUCAGCGGGACUUUAAUCCUAUCUUGAAAUCCUAAUUUUAGUGAUUCAUAUUUGUGCUCAGUUUCAUUUGUCAGAGGAUUGUGACUCCUGAAUUGCAGCUGAAUGAAGAAAGAGAAUGCCAUCGUUGUUUUAACUCAAUCAACAGGUUCUUCAGUCCAGACGGCUGACAUUCUUUCCACAGGCAGUCAGUGUUGCUGUUUUGAUCCUACUUUGCAUUGUUGUUUUAGUUAACACGGACAAACAUGUACAGUGUUUAUACAAGUAUGUUGCAUAUUCAAGUAUUAUGGUGAUUAAAUAUCAGUUUAAUAUAUAGAAUGCCUGAUGAUGUUUGUACUCAAUAUUGUACACCUGAAUUAAAAAGGGCUCUUGUA